AUGGAGUCAUCUAUGAAAUCCCUCUUCUCAGAUUUUGGUCUGUAUUUUAAAUCAUUUGAACUUUUCUUGGAACGCUCCACUGAACAUCAGUGCAUGAAAAAGUUCAUUGAGGAGAAUCUGGCUGAUGUAGUGACCAGCAUCGGGCAAAAGGGAGUUUCCUGUCUAAAUGUCUUGGGGGUAGGAAGUGGUUCAGGCCUGGUGAGAUCCGAGAGUGCAGCUUGUCCCCGGGCCCUAGUGUCGAGGGCAGCUCUGUCAGAUGCGAGGAGGCCACGCCCAUUUGUUAUGGCACUAGCUGCCACAAACCAGUUUCCGAACAAUCAUCUUUUUCCUGAUGUCCACAAAACACUUGAUGAAAUGAGAAUGAAGCAUCGGAUCUAUAAGCUUUCCUCUGCCAUGGAUAUCAUAGAGUGUUUCAUUGAAGGAAGUGAAAAUGGGGAACUUCUGUUGGAUUUCAUUACACAAAUAGUGCAUUUCAGGAAAACUGCUCCAGCAGAUCUGAAGGCUGAAGCAGGUCAACCUCAGCGCUCAAGGGAGGAAAAUGGGAAAAUUAUUUUCAAUAAUAAUUUGUAUGCAAUAGUGAUUGACUAUUGA